GCAUCUGCGACUGAACCAGUAUCUGUCCAAGCUGAAGUAACUCUUGCAACAAAUUAUUUUGCUCUUGUUGAUUUUUGCAAUGAAAUUUUCCCAUUAUUGCGACCCCAUGCAAGAGUUGUUAACAUUUCAAGUUCUUCUGGCCAUUUGCUUCGAAUUCCUGGGGAAGAAAUACGCAAACAAUUCUUGAAUCCUGACCUUUCUGUGGACUUGUUGUCAAAAUUAAUGCAAAGUUACGUCACCGCUGCUAAAAAUGGAAACCAUGAAGCUCUGGGUUGGGGCUCUAGUUCUUAUGUUGUUUCAAAAGUGGGUGUAAGCAAGCUUUCUUUUAUUCAACAAGCCACAUUUGAUAAAAAUGGACCAGAAGAUGUUAUUGUAAAUGCAGUGCACCCUGGAUAUGUUGAUACAGAUAUGACAAGUCACAAAGGGCCAUUGACAAUUGAGGAAGGUGCUGCUGCCGCUAUCUACUUGUCUUUACUUCCUCAGAAUAUUGCACAACCACGUGGUGCCUACAUUUGGCAUGACAAAAGAGUUGUGGACUGGACAAAACCUCCUCCUGCGGUUGUUUAGCACGUUCAAUUCCUUUUCCCAACAAAUGCUUUUGUGCAAUUUAAAAAAAUAAAGCUCAUCUUAAAUAGAAAA